AUGAGAGCAAAAGUCAUUGGGGGAAGGCAUAGAGGAAAAGGUCAAAAAAGUCCACCUCUAAAUCUCUAG